CGCAUCCUGUUAUACCGCGCGUAUGCUAGCGAACAAAAUGUAUCCGACACAAUGUCCAUUCAUUCAUUUGUUUCGUCUAGUCUAUCAAAAACAAAUCAAUCUAUUUUGCUACACCUGCUUAAAACUGUAUUACAACGCUUUAAUUGGAACAGAUCGAUUCGAUAUGUGGGCCCUGGUUGUUCUUUCGUUUUGUCUCCUUCAUACUGUCAAAGGCCAAUGUGCGAUCAACGUUAAAACUGAUCUCAACUUUCCGGAACCGGUGUUCCUGAAAAAUAAUAACCUAUGGAUUCCGAGGAAUGGACAGCUUGUGUGGGCUCUUGGUGAAUCCAACAUUGUGGCAUGCCCUAAAAGCAACGUGAUCAACACUUUACUGGACAAAGCGUUGAUCACGUGUGUCGGUGGCAGCCUCUUCCUACUCAACGGUCUGCCCGUCAAUGUAUCCAGCAUAGUUUGCACCAAAGCAGUGACCGGAGACCAUCAGUCGACCGGUGAAGCAUGUGGGAAUGGCGGAACGAUACGCAACAUCGGUUUUGACGUUGCCGGAGUGGGAUUCGUAAAACACUUUUCGGUGUGUUACAAUGCGCUGACUGCGUCCGUCAUCUACACGAAACACACACUCAAUGGCGAUUCUAUUGCCGAUAGCAUAGUGGAGUCCUAUCGUCCAUCGUUCAAAGUAGCCGGAGUUCCCAGCUCGGUGCCCGUGGGCAGUUCCUAUACCAUCAAGUCGCAGCAAGCGCGACUGGCCGAACUGCUGGGUUCCUCAACUCAGGCGGCAAAAUUUGUAAAUACCGCGUCCUACCUUGCACGGGGCCACAUGACUCCCGAUGCGGACGGUAUAUUCCGCACGUGGCAAUGGGAUACCUACUUCUACGUCAAUGUCGCACCACAGUGGCAGAAGGUGAACGGUGGCAACUGGUUGGCCGUUGAAAAGAUCGUCCGCAGCGCUGCCGAUCGUUUACAGAGCGAUGUAGUGGUGUACACCGGGGCGUUUGAUACGUUAACGUUGCCCCAUGCAAAUGGAACACAGAUUCCCAUUACGCUCAGCGCUAACGGUAUUGUGGCUCCGAAAUGGACAUGGAAAAUUAUUCGAUCGCCCAGCACUAAUUCCGCGAUCGCUUUCAUCACCAGCAACGAUCCGUACCGAACAUCGAUAGGGCCUGGUGAGCUGCUAUGUUCCAACAUUUGCCAGGAGUACGGUUGGUACAAUGCUGCGUUCGAAACAUUUGUGAAAGGAUUCACGUACUGCUGUAGCGUGCAAAGUUUGGUUGCUACAGUUGAUAGUGUUCCGAUCGAAGCGAUAGCUGCAAAUGUCCUAGCGUAUUAGCCGAUUGAAAAAGGAUAAUUAUGUCUACCGAGCGUUACAAACUAUUGGCGACGCGUCGUUAUAUUGGAAUGUAAAAUUUCGCAAGAACAA